UGAAGGGAGAAGCUGCUGCUGGGCCUCUUCCACCACUGAAACAAAGGAGAGAGAGGGCGAGUCACCGAUGGACAGGGCAGGAGCUCUGCCUGACACUGCAGGUGGAUCUCCCAGCCCUGCUGAGACACAGAAGGAGGAAGAGGGAUCCUCCCUGCUGGGGGAUGUCACAGCUGCAGAGAACCACACCGAGCCCUCGGCUCAGCGCGGGGCUGGCGACUCUGCUGAGGCGGCGUCCCUGCUGAGGAAGAAAGGGAAGAAGACCAAAGCAAAGAAGUCUAUCUCUGGGGACCAGGACUCUCUGCCUCCUCAAAGCACAGCACCAGCUCAGACCACAGAGCUGCCUGACACAGGUGCUGCUCCUCCAGAAACCCAGCCCCCCGGCGGUGAGGGGGCAGACCCAGGUGCUGAUGGACGUGCUGAUGCCGGUGGAGACGCACCUGGAGGCGAGAGGGAUUUGGCACAGCUGGGGAAGGGAGCUGGCAGCCCGGGAGCAGAGGGGCUGAGCCCUGCAGAGCGGAGCAGCACUGCCGGGGGGGCUGCCCCAGCUCCCGGUGCCACGGCCCCGGGGGACAAGGUGGGGGAUGGCACGGCCCCGGAGCACGCAGGAACGGCCAGGGACGGUGUGGAGCGGGGCACUGGUGCCCCUGGCCAGCCACCAGCAGCCACAGCCGGUGCCCAGGCCCGGGGCAGCAGCCAGGAGCGGCUGCCAGCAGGGCAGGGAGCCGGUCCCUCUGCCAAGGGAGCCGUCCCUGGCAGUCCCAGGGCACCUCCUGCCCGGGGAGCCCCCCAAAGCAAGGCCGAGCCCAAGGCCUCCCCCGGGGCUCCGUGCCCGCCGGCUGGGAAGGAGCCCAAGCAGAAAGGGACCAGUUCCACUGCCAAGAAUGCAGACACAAAAGAGAAAAAUCAGACCCCAGGUGAGAAAAUGCCCAACGUGAGUGAGAAGACAAGUCUGAACCAAGGAGCCAAGGCUGCCAGGAAGGAGAGUGCUGUGGCUGCUGCAGACAGCCCCAAGAACAAAAAGGAACAAAAGAACCAGAAACAGGUGGAAAAUAUUAAAGAAAGUUCUGUGAGCCGCACUGAGGGUGUCACAGUGUAUUUCCAUGCAAUACUAUCCAAAGACUUCAAGCUCAACCCCGACACUGACAAAGUGUUCAUCAGGGCCCAGGGCAUUCCUUCCUACGCCAGCUGGAAGGACAACAUCUGUGAGCUGAACUGCACCAGGAGUCUGGGAGAGCAUGGAUACCUCAUUGAAGGCGCUGUAACUCUCAGCAGAGAAAUCCUGGAUAAAUACAUUCCUUACAAGUACUGGGUGUCCUGUGGGAAGGGGGAUUAUGAGUUCAUCUACAAGAAGUCAGAGUCCAAUCAGCACGUGAAUCGCUGCUUGUCGAUAAACAGGGCCCUUCUCAACAAUGGGGAGUGGCACCAGUACGAUGACAUCGUGUGCGCGAGGCCUUCCAAGCUCAAAAACAUCUGGCAGAUCUUAACUUUUGAUAAAACCAAGGAAGUGGUGGAAGGGAAGAAAAUAGCUGCCAAUAUUAUGUUAGAAAGUAUCUUCAGCAUUCUUGGAACCUGGAGUCCUGACAAUCUGAGGAAUUUCUUCUGCCAGCUGAGGCAGUUCCAUAACGUUGCAGGAGCCCAGCGGGUGUUUGAUGGCAAGGCAACGGUGUGGAGAGAGUUAAACUUCAGCACAGAGCAGGUGAAUGAUUUGCUGCUAAAAUACAUGAAGAAAAUAGCUGUCCCUUUCCUUGCACCAGAAGCAGCUCCAGAGGACAGGAUCAUCCAAAGCAAGCUGGCUCUGGGGCUCACCAUUGUUGUGGUAGUUGAGGACUAUUCAUUCCCAGUACCUAAAAGUGACCUGGCCGACCUGUGCAGCCUCCUGUGCUUGGAUCAGGUGUCACCCCAAGAUGUACAGGAUGAGAUCCAUCACAUCAAACAGGCUUUUGCAGGAGUUACCAGCUUGAAGGUCGACCUGACAAACUUGUGCCAGAGGUGCCUUGAGUGUAACGUGGAGCAGUGGGUGUGGGUCCUGCCCCUGCUGCAUUCCUUUGCUGCUCCCCUGCAGCAGGAGCACGGGCUGCUGGAGGAGGAUGCCUGGGCAGGGCUGGAAGGGCUUCCAUUUGCUGAAAUCAGGAGGAAGCAACAUGGAGGGACCCUGCUGGCACGAAUGAGAGAAAAGAAGCACCUGAUGGAACUUGAUGGGACUCUGGUCAAGUCCUGGCUCUGUGUGCUGCCCCUGGGGAGCCUGGCUGAGUUCAUAAGAGACUUCUCCAGUGAGCUCUUAGUUACCCUUCAGGGUGUUCUGUACAGGCUGGAGAACGUUGACCUCUCGUGGAGCCGCUCUCAGGUAGAGGAGAUUCUCAACACAGUGCUGAGUGCCUUGGAGGAGCCCCCAGCCAGAGCUCUGGGGGCUCCUUCUUGGCAGGGCUGCUUGUCCUGCUGCCUCAGGCUGCACGAGAGGCUCUGCAAGGCUGCCAGGACUGGGAGCUUGUUCCUGAUCCCGGCCACUGCUGCCACCCUGAUUGCCAAGGUUGCCCAGCUUCAGCCCCCAGCUGUUCCAGGGGAUGCUGUGCAGGAAGUGCCAAGGCUGCUCAGUGGAGCUCUGAGGGAAGCUCGUGCCUGGUUCAGAAACGUUUUAAAGGAGAAGUUACUGAAGGAGUACCUGCACCACGUGGCCUUCUCUUUGUUCUUUGAGCUUCGGGCCUGGAAUAAGUUUGUGACCAUCAGCUUUCCAGAUGAGCAGUUCACCCAGACCUGGAGGAACACUUUACUUGCAGAUCUGAAGAAAAGAAUCCAGCAGGAGCCUCCAGUGAACCAAAUCUUGGUGUACUGCUGUCAGCAUCUCCAAAUCACACAGAUGGACCCCUCCAUCAGCUGGUGCUUCCACAACUGUGCUGUAGAGGCUGUGCCUGCAGCUUGCCAGAUGCAGAGCAAUCUCCUGGAGCAGAUCUCUGCCUACAACAUGGGCCAGUUCAGCCAGCUCGUGUCUGCUGUCAUUGUCAAGUCGUGGCCAGUCAGGCCUGGGCAGUCUGAGGGUGAUUUUGAUACGAUUCUGCACCACCUGCUCACGUGGCCUGACAUCAAACAUACCUUCAGCUUUAAUGGAACAAACAGAAACCUCCUGGACAAGCUGACAGAGGAAGCCAAGGAUGUCAUGGCCAUAGCAGACUCUGUGCUCACGAGUGUCACCGACGACAUCCACAGCGGCUGCAUCCUGGUGAAACACCUGGAGGAGGUGUUCCAGCACCAGGAGCAGUUCCUCUGCAUCUGGGAGACCAAGCAUCAGCAACGACCGAGUGAGGAAAAGGAGCUGCUCCAGAGAAGCCUGAAAGAGCUGCUGGCAUUGAGGCAUGAGGAAGUCACACAGCUCAGAAGAGAGGAAAAAGCAGUAGGAACCUUCCUGAGCAUGUGCAGGAAGGUGCAGAAAUCUGUGAGAGUGAAUGUUGGUGAGGUGGCAUUUCAACACUCAAAAGAUCUUCGCUUCACAAGACUCAAUCAAGUUGUGGUGCUGAGAAAGAGGCCCCUGCAGACCUUCUACAGCCUGAGCCCUGAGCUGAAAGAGUUUGUCCACAAAAUGCACUCUUUCAAGGACAGCCUGAUCUUCCAGCAGUUCUGGGAGGAGGCAGCACAGAAGGCAGGAGAGGAGUAUGUGUGUGACAGUCCAGAGGAGGAUGAGGAGGAGGACGAGGACGAGGAGGAGAUUGCUCCUGAGCUGGACCUCGAUGAGGUUUUGAACAGCGUGAUCCGCCCUUGCUUUGACAGCUAUGCCAUGCUGUAUGAUGAUCUCAGAUCAGGAAGUCUCACGCUUUCUGCAGUGGAUAGAACUUUCCAGGAAUUCACAAAUCAUCCUGAGGAUCUCAGGGUGGAGCUGAACACCAUCUGUGGCCUUCAGCCUGCAGAGGACAGAGGCUGGGUUGACCUGCGAGUGCAGCAGAUCCAGCAGUACCAUGAAAUGCAUUUAACCUUGGAUGCAGCCAAGAUCAUUGCCCAUGUCAAAGAGAGUUUAGGCCUCUCUGGUGACUUCAGUAUCCUGGAAAACUUGUUGCAUAUAACAGAAAAGCUUGAAUCCUACAAGACCCAGAAGCUGGAUUCCAUCAGCCCUGAGCUCGUGCAGGCCAAGAAGCUGCUGCAGGGGAUCACCGUGCCCCGCCGUGGCUGUCUGAGGGAGCUGGCCCAGCAGAAGGAGUUUGUCUGCUGGGUCAGAGAGGCACUGAAAGACAUCAACGAGCUGAAGGUGUUUGUUGACCUGGCCUCCAUCUCGGCGGGGGAGAACGACAUGGACGUGGACCGCGUGGCCUGUUUCCACGGCACUGUGCACGGCUACUCCUCCCUGCUCUACGAGCUGCGCCACGACUCGGGCUUCGAGGACUUCAUGCGCUGCUUGCAGAAGCUGUGGCGAGCCCUGGACAGCGACGAGACCCUCCCUGAGAAACUGCGUGCCUCGGCCCAGCACCUGGAGUGGCUGAAGACAGUGAAGGAGAGCCAUGGCUCGGUGGAGCUGUCCUCGCUGUCCCUGGCAGCUGCCAUCAACAGCAGAGGGGUCUACGUGCUGAGGGCCCCAGCUGAUGGCCAGAAGGUCUCCUUGGACAGUGUCCUGCGCUUCACCCUCCCGGGGAGCUCGGGGGACACCGAGGCCUCCUGGAAGUACUCGCUGGCAGAGCUCCGCGAGCUGCAGAACAAGCUGAUGCUCAUGUCGGCCAAGGGAGAGCAAGGCCUGGAGGUGGAGAGGUUCUCCGAGGUCUUUUCCAAUGUCCAGAGACUUGCCCAGGCCUUUAUAGACCUGUACUCAGCUGGGAACAUGCUUUUCCGCUCCUGGCUUGCUCAGGUGUAUUGCUCACCCCACAAAGAAUCCUGUGUUUUUAUAGACUUCUCCCUGGGCCCCAUCCCAGUGCUGGAAGGGCAAGGGGAUAUGGCAGCUGUGCUCCCAGCCCUCUGCAAGACCAUGGAGAGUUUCCUGGAGAGCUGGAAAAGCUUCAUGAACGCCAAGCGUUGUGAGCAUUUCUACCUGAACUACUACAGCGCGGAGCAGCUGGUGUUCCUGUGCUCAGAGCUGGGCAGGGGCAGCCCCAGCCAGGCUGCCCUCAUGAUGCUCUCCUUCCUCAACCCCCACUGCACCGAGCAGGAUGUGCUCACAGCCCUCGAGAGCCGGGGCCCUCCCAGCUCAGCCCAGGCUGGCUCUGACUUCCAAGUGCUGCUGGACGGGGAGGGGGACCUGAGCGCGCGGCUGGAGCGCAUCUGGGAGUGCUACAUGAGCAACAUGGGCUCCUUCCUCCCCAGCUGCCUGGACGUGGACACGCUGGGCGUGUGGCUGAAGAGCCUGGCCAGCAGGGGCAGGGGUCGCGUCACCAGAGCCUUCCCUCAGGACCUGCUCCACGUGGGCCAGCCCAACCUCAUCAGCUGCCCUCGCUCCGAGGUGCUCAGCUCCGCCCUGGCCAUUUACAUGAACAGCCCCGAGCAGCCCCUGCCCACCUUCGACGAGGUGCUGCUGUGCACGCCCCAGACCAGCGCAGAGCAGGUGGGGCUGUUCCUGCGCCGCUGCCUCAUCCCCUGCCAGGGGGGGAACAAGAUCUACACCAUGCUCUACGCCGAUGAGCUGAGCUACGACGUCAGCAAGAGGGCAGAGGAGCUGUUCCAGCACCUGCAGUGCUACAACAGCUCCUACAGGCUCAUCAUCCUGUGCAACUGCGAGGGGGAGAACAGCUACCUGCCCUCUGCCUUCAGCCACUGCAAGGUGCACAUGAUUCCCCAGAGGCCACGGGCAGAGAUCCAGCAGUACCUGCAGCGCCACCUCCGAGUGCCCCAGCCCUCCGACUCGGCCGCGGCCGUGUUCAAGGAGCACAUGUGUGUUGGGAUUGUGUCCUCCAAAAGAGCUGGCAUGGGGAAAUCUCUGUAUGUGAAGAGGCUGCAUGAGAGACUGCAAGAAGAGCAGCCUGAUUGCACAGAACUUCUGAAAACCAUCAGACUGAUUGAACCAGAAGUGGAUGAAGAUAAAGUGCUAAAAUCUCUCCUGCCUUUUCUGAAGAAAGAACACCAGACAAAGCCCAUGAUAUUCCAUUUUGAUAUCACCUCCUCAGUGCAGCGUGGCAUUCCAGAGUUUCUCUUCAAGCUGUUGGUUCUGCAGUACCUGACAGAUAAUAAUGGCAAUAUGUGGCUAAGGCAGAAGUGUCACCUGUACAUCAUUGAAAUCCUGGAGGGGUCCCCAGUGCCAAAGACAACAGCCAGACCUAUGUCAGUGAACCAGAAGUAUCACUUCUUGGAUGUGUUCCCUAAAAUAACAUGCAAGUCUCCCAAAGAAGUGCUGGAAAUGGAGACACUUGGGAACUGUGCCGGGCAUGUGGGAAUGGACGAGGAGGAGUUUUGCAGUGAGGCUUUCCAGAGACCCUUCCAGUACCUGAAGAGGUUUGACCAGGGCUGUAACCUGGACAGGUUCUGCUACGAGGCGCUCUCGGUGGAAGGCAGCCCUGCAGAAUGCCUGCAGCUCUUCCUGCUGCACUGCGGGGUCGUGGAUCCCUCCUGGGCAGAGCUCCGCAACUUCACCUGGUUCCUCAACGUGCAGCUGAGGGACUGUGAAGCCUCUGUCUUCUGCAACCCUGACUUUGUCGGGGACACUCUGAAUGGCUUUAAGAACUUUGUGGUUGGCUUCAUGAUUCUAAUGGCACGGGACUUUGCGACGCCCUCCCUGAGCAUUUCCGACCAGAGCUCGGGAAGACGAUCCUCCCACCUGGAGAACGUUCCGGAGGAAGAUCUGCUUCCUUUCCGCAUCAGGAAGAAGUGGGAGUCAGAGCCUCAUCCCUACCUGUUUUUCAAUGAGGAUCGUGUGUCCAUGACAUUCAUUGGCUUCCACUUCCAGCAGACCAGGAAUCGCAUUGAUGCCAUCAAUCCUCUGAACGGGACUGUCAUCAAGAAGGACAUCAUGACCGCCCAGCUCUACCAGGGCCUGUUAAUGCAGAGGGUUCCCUUCAACGUGCCCUUCGAUCAGCUGCCCCGCAACGAGAAGCUCGAGAGGCUCUGCAUGGUGCUGGGGCUGCCCUGGGUGUUUGACCCUGAUGAGACCUACGAGCUCACCAUGGACAACAUGCUGAAAAUCCUGGCCAUCGAGAUGCGAUUCCGCUGCAACAUCCCCGUGGUCAUCAUGGGAGAAACGGGCUGUGGGAAGACCAGGCUGGUGAAGUUCCUGUGCCAGUUACGCAGGAGCUUCAUCGAGGUGGAGAACAUGAAGCUCGUCAAGGUUCACGGAGGUACCACUGCGGAGAUGAUCUACGCCAGGAUCAGAGAAGCAGAAGCCCUGGCUAUAUCCAACAAGGAGCAGCACGGCUUGGACACCGUGCUCUUUUUUGACGAAGCCAACACGACGGAGGCCGUGAGCAGCAUCAAGGAGGUUCUUUGUGACCGCACGGUGCAGGGGCAGCCCCUGGCCCCUGGCUCUGGCCUGAGGAUCAUCGCAGCCUGCAAUCCGUACCGCAAGCACACGGACAGGAUGAUCCAACGCCUGGAGCUGGCUGGGCUGGGCUACCGGGUGAAGGCCGACGCCACCCGGGAGAAGCUGGGCUCCAUCCCGCUGCGGCAGCUCGUGUACCGCGUGCACGCGCUCCCGCCCAGCAUGAUCCCGCUGGUCUGGGACUUCGGGCAGCUCAACAACUGCACCGAGAAGAUGUACAUCCAGCAGAUCGUGCAGCGCGUGGCCGAGCAGCUGCUGCUCACGACCAAGGACGACGUGAGGACGGUCACAGAGGUGCUCUUUGCCUCCCAGCAGUACAUGAGGCAGAGGGAUGACGAGUGCAGCUUCGUCAGCCUGCGGGACGUGGAGCGCUGCAUGGAGGUGUUCAAGUGGUUUUACAGGCACAGCCCCAUGCUGCUGAGGGAGCUGGAGAAGUACCUGGCUGAGAGGAAAGUCCCCAAGGGCAGCGGUGACAGAAAUGAUGUCAUCUGGUCCUUGGUGCUGGCGGUUGGGGUCUGCUACCACGCGUCCCUGGAAGAGAAGGAACCAUACAGGACUGCCAUCAGCCGGGUCCUCCCAAAGCCUUAUGAUACCCAGAAAAAGAUUUUGGAAGAAAUCACCCUGAUGCAGGACUUAUUCCUGAGUGGGGUACCGCUCCGGGAUACCAUAGCAAGGAACUUGGCCUUGAAGGAAAAUGUCUUCAUGAUGGUCAUCUGUAUUGAGCUGAAAAUCCCCCUUUUUCUGGUGGGGAAGCCUGGGAGCUCCAAAUCCCUGGCAAAAACCAUCGUGGCCGAUGCUAUGCAGGGCCAAGCAGCUCAUUCUGAUCUGUUCAAGGACCUGAAGCAGAUCCAUCUCGUGUCUUUUCAGUGCAGCCCCCUCUCCACUCCAGAGGGCAUCAUAGGCACUUUCAAGCACUGUGCUCGAUUCCAGGAAGGGAAGAACUUGGAGGAGUAUGUAUCAGUGGUGGUUCUGGAUGAGAUUGGGCUGGCAGAAGACUCUCCCAAAAUGCCCCUGAAGACUUUGCAUCCACUUUUGGAGGAUGGCUGCAUAGAUGAUGUCCCUCUUCCUCACAAAAAGGUUGGCUUCAUUGGGAUUUCCAACUGGGCUUUGGACCCUGCUAAGAUGAAUCGAGGCAUCUUUGUGUCUCGUGGUGACCCCAGCAGAGAGGAGCUCAUCGAGAGCGCAAAGGGCAUUUGCUGCUCGGCACGGGGGGCUCUGCAGAAGGUCGAGCAGUAUUUCCAUCACUUUGCAGAUGCAUAUGAGAACAUUUGCAAGGCCCAAGACAGGGAGUUCUUUGGCCUGCGUGACUACUACAGCCUCAUAAAGAUGUUUUUUGCCCUAGCCAAGAGCUCCAAAAGCGAGCCCACACCUCAGGACAUCGCCGCAGUGGUUCUUCGUAACUUCGGUGGCAAAGAUGACGUCAAUGCCUUGGAAAUAUUCACUUCCAAGUUGCUAGAGAAAGGGGAGAUACGUGCUCACGAUAUCAGUAGGAUAGAGCUGAUCCGACAGAACAUUUACAGCAGCGCUGAGGAUGGGGACUGCAGGUACCUGCUGGUGUUGACUGAGAACUACGCUGCGCUGCAGAUCCUCCAGCAGGCUUUUUUCACCGCCCGCCAGCAGCCAGAAAUCAUCUUUGGCUCCAGUUUUCCUAAGGACCAAGAAUACACCCAGAUAUGCAGGAACAUCAACCGAGUGAAGGUGUGCAUGGAAACCGGCAAGAUGGUUGUGCUCCUCAACCUGCAGAACCUCUACGAGAGCCUCUACGACGCCCUCAACCAGUACUACGUGUACCUGGCCGGGCAGAAGUACGUGGACCUGGGGCUGGGCACGCACCGGGUGAAGUGCCGGGUGCACCCCGACUUCCGCCUGAUCGUCAUCGAGGAGAAGGAGGUGGUGUACAAGCACUUCCCCAUCCCGCUGAUCAACCGGCUGGAGAAGCACUACCUGGACAUCGGCACCGUGCUGGACGGGGCGCAGCGCGAGGCCGUGCGGGAGCUGGAGCGCUGGGUGCAGGAGUUCGCGGCCGUGAACACGGAGGAGCACUUCAUCGGCCAGCAGCAGUACAGCCCCGCGGACGUGUUCGUGGGCUACCACGCCGACACCUGCGCCUCACUGGUGCUGCAGGGCACGCAGCGCCUGCGCCCGGCCUGCGCGCCCGCCGAGCUGCUGCCCCGCGUCGCCGAGCGGGCGCGGCUGGCGCUGCUCAACUGCGCCACCCCCGACGCCGUCAUCCGCCUCUGCAACUCCGUGGGGGUGUUCAUGGCGCCCGCCCUGGCACACACCUACUUCAGGGAGCAGCACCACACCUCCUUCGCCGACUUCCUGGGUGCCCACGUGCGGGCAGGGGCUGGGCCACAGACUGCCUUCACCGAGGUCACCACCUUCUCCCGGCUGCUCACCAGUGCCGACGUGGCCUGCCUGGAGAGGGAGGUGCAGGGCAAGGCCCAGAGGCCCCAGCUGCUGUUCCUGCAGCAGUUUGACACCGAGUUCUCCUUCCUGAAGGGCAUCCGGGAUUUCCUGGAUUCCACUACAGGAAAUAAAGUCCUCAUUAUUCAGACAGACUUUGAAGAUGGCUCUCAGAAUGCCCAGCUCAUUGCCUCAGCCAAGUACACCGUGGUCAAUGAGAUCAACAAGGUGGACCUGGGGGAGGCCUCUGUCUUUGUUUACUUCAUCAUGAAGCUCUCCCGGCUGAAAGGAGGCACCUCCUACGUGGGAUUCCAUGGAGGGCUGUGGCACUCGGUGCACAUCGACGACCUGCGCAGGUCCAAGGACAUGAUCUCUGACCUGACAGCCCUGCAGAACCUCACCAUCAGCCAGGUGUUCUCCCAGGAGCCAGCUGCAGCCAGAGCUGCAGCUCUGCCUGCCAGUGGAGAAGCUCAGCAGGAGGAGGUGGAGGCUGGAACACCAGUGCCGGGAGCAGAGCACCAGGAGGGGGAGAUCCUGGACACCACGGUGCUGCUGAGGACCUGUGUGCAGAGCGCUGUGGGCAUGCUGAGGGACCAGAACGAGGACCUGAGCCGCAGCAGGAGGAGGAUUGAGAUUCUGCUUGGCCUCUUCUCCACAGAGGAUGAGCUGAAAGCCUCUUUCCUGAAGAUAACCAAGGCUCGUCUCUCCAGCCUGUUGAAGAAGCAAGAAGAAAAUUCCCUUCACCCAAAGAACUGGGUGCUUCGGGAGGCCUCCAACCUCAGUGCUCUGCAGGAGGCAGGUACCUUCAGGCACACCCUGUGGAAGCGAGUGCAGAAGGUGGUCACUCCCUUCCUGGCUCUCCUGGUCGCUGUCAUGGACAGGAAUGGCAAUCUGGAGCUGCUGGCCAGGCCAGGAGCCACGUGGGUGACAAAGCUGUGGAUGUUCAUCUUCAGUGACUCCAAAUUCCUGAGUGUCUCUCCUGGGGUGGGGAAGAACAGCCCUCAGCCAGAGAUAAUCCUGGUGCAGAACAACAUGAUGGUAUCUGCUGAUGCUGGGAAUGAGAUGCCCUUCAGCUGGAGGAUAAAGGAGUACCUGGAAGAGAUGUGGUUGGAGGCUCAGUACAUCCAAAACACUGAAGGCCAUGCUGAGAAGUUUGUGGAAUACUUCCAGAAAACUGCCCUGGGAAAAUUCAUCUCUUCUCUGACUGAGGGAGAAAGGCAGAUGCUCUUUGAGUGCUACAUCACAGAUUUUAUUGUCUUGACCAUCGGUGUGUCCUCCCAGGAGGAGCUGCAGUGUCUGCGCGUGGCGUUCCUGUCCUGCGUGGAGCAGUGGGUGGCAGAGUCCCCCUGGAGGAGGGAGCUGGUGCCCUCGCUGCCCUGGGCCCACCUGGCACACAGCCGCUUCAAGAGCCGCCUGCAGAACUUCUCCAGGAUCCUGGCCGUGUACCCCCGGGUGACUGGGCACCUCCUGGGCCAGCAGGGCUGCAGGAUUCCCUGCUCUGAGAUGGUUCUGGACGUGCUGGCUGCCAUGGGCUGUGCUGAGGAGCUGGAGAAGCUGGUGCAGACAGCUCCCCCUGAGCUCUGGCUGCAGAGGGUGAAGAACCUCCACAUGCCCAUUGAGUUCCUGUGCAAGGAGGAGAGUGCCCAGCGCAGGGGCAGCCGCUGCCACCAGCUGCUCAGGGAGCUCAGGGCCUGCUGGAGCCGCGUGUUUGCCAUGGCACUCUUUGUGGAGCACGUCCUGCUGGGCAUCCGCGCCCUCAUGCCCGAAUUCGAGGGCUUGGUGAGGAAAUACACCCUGCUGCUUGCCAAGUGUUUCCAGCACGAUUCAGACAUGAAGUCCCAUCCAACCUUUGUUGCAGUGCUGACAGUGCUGUGCCAGUGCAAGAACGAGGUCAGCAGCAGGCUCUACAGGCAUGGUCUGGAGCCCUGUCCCAUCUGCCUGGGAGAGCCCAAGGACCCCGUGUGCCUGCCCUGCAACCACGUGUUCUGCCACAAGUGCAUCAGCCAGUGGCUGGUGCCAGCACAGAUGUACUGUCCCUACUGCAGGGCUGCUCUGCAGGAGGUGCAGUUGACUGUCUCUGAGGAGCUCAGAGCUGCCAUAGCAAAGAAGGCCCUGUUCCGCCAGAGGUGCAACAAUUUCUUCAUUGACAUGGUCACCACCAUGUGCUUCAAGGACAACGAGCCCCCUGAGCCAGAGGUGAUCCAGAGGCUCCUGGACCUGCUCUUUGUUCACAGAAGCCUCGUGAAGGACCCAGAUCACCCAGCUGUCUACACCAAAUUCCUGUCCCCGUUUAAUGAUGAGGUGGAUGAGACUCCCAUCAUCCGCUCAGUGAUGCUGAAGCUGCUCCUGAAGUACAGCUUCAAUGAAGUCAAAGAUGAUGUGCAGCGCUACCUGUCCCAGGUGGAGCACAACGAGCUCCUAGAGAAAAAUGACAAAAAAGAGCUCUACCUGCUUUUUGUCAACUGCUUGGAGGAUUCCAUGUGUGAGAAGUCGGAGAACAGCCUGGGAUGUGGGCACGGGAGCAGUGUGCCUGAGGACAGAGCCUUUCCAGAGCACUACCUGCCCUGCAGCAGCAGAGGGGCUCCCCAGGAAGCCUCUGUGCAGUACCUGCAGGCCGUGGCCGAGGUGCGCCUGUGCCUGGCCAGGGCUGCAGAGCUCAUCUUCCACCUGCAGCAGCACACACAGCCAGAGCAGAUGAGGGAUGAGCAGAGUUUCCUGAAGAGUGUGGAGAAGUUCUGCAGCCGUGCCAGGAACGACUGGCACCGUGUGUACCUGGUCAGGAGGAUUGCCAGCCAGCAUGGCAUGGAGUUUGCCCAGAAGCUGGUCACAGAGCCACGCUUCAGCUGGGUGUUCCCAGCAGAAAUCCUGCAGCAGGUGCAGCACAGCCAGUCCAACCACAUCGACCGGUACCUGGUGUGCGGGGAGCGCUACCGCGCCCUGCGCGACGCCGUGGGACGAGCCAUGAUGGAGGGCACGGCCCAGGGGCUGCUCCAGGCCCAGCAGGCCUCCGGCAGCCCCCCAGCUCUGGAAGCUGCCCACCUGCUCCUGGCCAUCUUCCGAGAGGUCACUGUCCUGUACGGGGAUGCAAGCCUCCGUCCCAAGCAGCAGCAAGCAGAGGCCAUGGUUGAGUUCGUCCAGAGCUGCCCAGCGCUGAGUUCCCCCGAGCUGCAGCACCUUGCAGUUGCCCUGGUGAAGAACACCCUGCCCGGGCUGGCCGUGGGGCCGCGGGGACACAGCCAGCAGGGAGCCCUGCUGGAGAUGGCCGUGCACGUGGCUGCUGUGCUGCUCUGUGGGCACAGCCCUGUCCUGCAGCCCCUCAGGAACCUGGCCUUCCAUCCUCACAGCAUGCAGCUCUCCUUUCUGCCCACCAUGCCCGAGGACAUGAUGGCUCAGGCAAGGACCUGGAAGGACAUGCUUGGUCUGCACUGGUAUGAAUGUCCCAAUGGCCACUUGUCCACUGUGGGAGAGUGUGGGCUCCCCAUGGAAACGAGCCGCUGUCCCGACUGCCAGGUCCCCAUUGGAGGCACCAACCACAAACCCGUGCAGGGCUUCCAUCAGUCCAGGAUCCGUGAGGACAGGACUCAGACUGGGCACAUCCUUGGAGACGUGGAGCACAGGAGGACACUGGGGACGUCUGACAGGGGCGUGUCCCCCGUGGUGUUUGUGCUGCUCCGUUUGCUCACCCACCUGUCCAUGCUGCUGGGAGCCUCCAGAGACCCUCAGUCCCUGGGAAGGAUGAUCAAGCCAGCAGUGGAGGAUGUGGUGAGCUUCCUGCAGCAGCACGUUCAGGAGGACCUGGCACAGCUGACCAGGAUUUUGGGGAAGAGUGUGGAUGACACCAUCAACAUCGUGCACCUGGUGCUCAGCAGGCUCCUGCAGGCCCCCCAGCAGCAGCCAGGCCAGUGGCUGGUGCAGUUUGAUGAGUUUCUGUCCACCAAGGGGAAGAGAAACAAAUGGGAAGAAAUUGUUGCAGACACAAUUAUUGUUCCUGAAUUGGAGGAUUUGGAUAAAAAGCUUCUCAAGUUGAACCGGCAGAUCCAAGAGGAUGAGAGAAUCUCCUCCAACCCCAUAGUGAAGCUGGUGUAUGGGGACCCAGCUGCGUUCCUGUCCCAGCUGCCAGGGGACAGCCACGUGCACCACUCCAGGAUGUGGAGCUGCCGCAGGAGGGUUUCUGUGGAGAACCUGGGCCACGUUGUGCAGCAGAAGAACGCCAAGGACGCCGUCCCUCUCCUUUGCAAGUUCCUGCAGAAGGAAAAUGAGCUGAGGCUGGUGAAAUUCCUACCAGAGAUUCUGGCUCUGCAGAGAGAUUUGGUGAGGCAAUUCCAGAACACAGCAGAGAUCAAACACUGCUCCAUCAGGGAGUUCCUCAGGGAGCCCCACUCAGAUGUGAUGAGGGACCUGUUAGAGAGGAGAGUGAAUGUGUUUCUGUCUGUCUGGAACAAGCUGAGAAGCUCCCUGGACACCAAUGGGGAAAUCAAGCUGCCCAAAGGCUACUGUGAUGCUGAGCUGAGCCUGGACAGCAGGCUGGAGGUGCUGCUGCCGCGGUGCCAGGGGCUGGGGCUGUGCUCCACGGCGCUGGCCAGUUACCUGAUCGGGCUGCACAACGACCUGGUGCACUCUGUGCACAGGCACACCAAGGAGGAUGACAGGUACCUGGUCAGCCCCUCGGAGGUGGCCGACCUGCACCUGAUCAGCUACGAGGUGGAGAGGGACCUGAUCCCUCUGAUCCUGUCCAACUGCCAGUACAGCAUGGAGAAGGGAGGGGAGACCUUGCAGGACUUUGACCUGGAGAGGAUCCAGCAGCAAGUGAUCAGCAAGUUCCUGCAGGGGAAGCCGCUGAUCACGCUGACGGGAAUCCCCACCCUGGUGCACAGACACGACCGCAACUACGAGCAGCUGUUCGGUGAUGUCAGGAACAAGCUGGAGCAGAGUGCCCUGCCCAGUUCUGUGAUGAACAUGAUCAGCGGGGAGCUGCAGUCCUACAGUGAUGUGUGUGAUGCCCUGUCCCUCACUGAGAUCACCCUGGGCUUCCUGGCCAUGGCUGGUGAGAACGCUGACAUGCUGCUGACCGAGUACAUUGAGCAGGUUCUGCAGAUGGGGGAUCAGACAAACCCUCACGUGCUGCAGGCCCUGAGACGGUGCCAGCUCAGGCACAGCAUGGCCCUGUGGCAGCUCCUGUGUGCCCACAAAUCCGAGCAGCUGCUGCGCCUCGGCAGGGAUCCUUUUGCAGAUGUCAGUCCAGACUACAAAGAAGAGCUCACCCCAGAGCUUGCCAAGCUCCUGCACACGUUCCUGGUGCACUGCAGGCUGGAAACCUUCCUGCAGGAGCUCCAUGAAAUGAUCAUCCUGAAGCUGAGACGUGCCCAAGCUGUGCAGGAAUUCAAACCCACAUGGAGCCUGAAGGAAUCACUCUUGCCUUACCUUGAUGACAAAGACUCUGAGUUAGCUCUGGAGCUGGAAGACACAUUCCCAGAUGAGAUUCUCCUGUCUCAUGCCGCUGGUACCUGGAAAGCAGCUGCUGCCUUCAAGAGGGAGCACAGGGACAGUUAGGACAGAGCCCUGCCGGGGACUGCCACAACACCGUGUCAGGGCUUCUGCCACUCUGGGCAUUUGUUUGGGGCUUGUUGGUUGUUCUUUGGGUUUGGGGUUGUUGUUGUUGUUUUUACACCUGAUGUGAAGAGUGGCCGUGGAGGAGGGUGAAAUAGACCCAGCAGCUCAGUGCGAACCCUGGAUCGCCACAGCUCCAGAGCCACCGGAGGAACAUGAAGGAUUUUUUUACAAGCCAUGGUGCCGUCGUGCCGGGGCAGGGUUGGUGUUUUCCUGCCUGUCUUUCUGCGCUGGCUGCAGAAGCGGCGCCUGCCCGGCGCCCCCGCACAGGGAGCC